AUUACAGAUGUGCAGCACGAUGAGGGCCCUGGUGCUUCUGCUGUCCCUGUUCCUGCUGGGUGGCCAGGCCCAGCAUGGGUCUGACUGGACCUACUCAGAAGGGGCACUGGACGAAGCGCACUGGCCACAGCACUAUCCCGCCUGUGGGGGCCAGAGACAGUCGCCCAUCAACCUACAGAGGACGAAGGUGCGGUACAACCCCGCCUUGAAGGGGCUCAACCUGACAGGCUAUGAGACCCAGGCAGGAGAAUUCCCCAUGGUCAACAAUGGCCACACAGUGCAGAUCAGCCUGCCCUCCACCAUGCGCAUGACAGCGGCUGACGGCACUGUAUACAUAGCCCAGCAGAUGCACUUUCACUGGGGAGGUGCGUCCUCGGAGAUCAGCGGCUCUGAGCACACCGUGGAUGGGAUCAGACAUGUGAUUGAGAUUCACGUUGUUCACUACAAUUCUAAAUACAAGAGCUAUGAUAUAGCCCAAGAUGCGCCGGAUGGUUUGGCUGUACUGGCAGCCUUCGUUGAGGUGAAGAAUUACCCUGAAAACACUUAUUACAGCAACUUCAUUUCUCAUCUGGCCAACAUCAAGUACCCAGGACAAAGAACAACCCUGACUGGCCUUGACAUUCAGGACAUGCUGCCCAGGAACCUCCAGCACUACUACACCUACCAUGGCUCACUCACCACGCCUCCCUGCACUGAGAACGUCCACUGGUUUGUGCUGGCAGAUUUUGUCAAGCUCUCCAGGACGCAGGUUUGGAAGCUGGAGAAUUCCUUACUGGAUCACCGCAACAAGACCAUCCACAACGACUACCGUAGGACCCAGCCCCUGAACCACAGAGUGGUGGAAUCCAACUUCCCGAAUCAGGAAUAUACUCUAGGCUCUGAAUUCCAGUUUUACCUACGUAAGAUUGAGGAAAUUCUUGAGUACUUAAGAAGAGCAUUGAACUGAGGAAAGCUAAGAGGAAGAUUCAAUAUUAACUAGCUUGAAGCCUGACCUAGCCAGAAGAGGUGCCUGUCCGCUGCAGCCGCACCCUACCUUGUCUAAGAAACCAUGUGUGUCUGGAACACGCUGCUCCCCCUGGGGCAGCUGUUGGGUUUCUGAUUAAAAGAGGCGAAACAAUCAUCCUGGACAGGAAGUGAGAUGGCUUCAGUUCAUGAGAAGGGAUCUGAGUUAGACAUCACCAGUGGAAAUUGAUUGGAAUAGAAACUUAAAGGAAAUAGAACCCUAACUAUUCUCCCAUCAAAUCAUAUAUGUUGACCUGUCUGAAUUAUAAACCAGCCUGACCUUUCCUUUAGCAUUAGAUGUAAUAAAAUAACUUUGGAAAUUUGUCAUUUAAAAA